UUACUAUUUUCACACACAACACAUACACGUACACAAAUAUAUACACAUAUAUACGCGUACACAUACACACACACACAGACAUAUAUUCGCUUCUGUUCUCUCGCUCUCACGAAUUCGACCACAUUUCAGAUAUUAGUUAUUCAACAGUGCUGACAAAACAGAUCACCAACAUUUCAUUAACACCACUUUAUUAAUAAUAAUAUCUACAUAUUUCACUUCGACAACAACAUCAUCGUUGUCGUCAUCAUCUGUCAGCAGUGGUCGUUGUUAAAUACACACAUUAUAAUAUACCGAGUGGGCACACGAAACACGUUGUCAUCUCACAACAAGUUACAAUAACGACAAUAUUAAUAACAGCCACAAUAUAUUUCAAGUUAAGUUCACAGUUCUUUUGAAAACGCGUAAUCCGAUUACAUUUAUUAGAUACAUACAGACACAUUUAUACUUUCAUACACACACAGACACAUUUAUACUUUCAUACACACACACACACACACACACACAACUCUUGCAUUCAGCCCUAUACCCAUCGUUAAUAAGAUAUCUUUUAAAAGGGUAGCAUAAUUCUUUUUUUUUUUUUUUGCAUUGUCAACCUCCCUUUCUGUCUUUCAUAACAGACAGGCCACGCGAAAACCUCUCUCUCUCUCUCUCUCUCUCUCUCUACCCUGUCGUACACACUGGACAUUACAAAUGACCGUGUCGUUGCGGUAUAUUGUCCCCUAUAAUCAUGUAAUUUCUAAACAGGGGUACACUAACCUAUAAGAAAAAAAAUAUAUAUAUAUAUAUACAAUGUACCCUCCGUUGUGAUUAUUCUAGCUCGUUAACGAGAUUGUCAGACAGCCGAAAUUUUAAAUGUAUAUAUGUUAGAGUGUGUAUAUUUUUGUGUGUAUGUAUGUGUGUAAAAAGCUAGAGUAGUGAGAUGGAAGUUUAUGAAGCUAUUGCGGAUUUUACCCCGGAUAUAAACGACGCUUUGAGAAAUGUCCUGACAUUCUAUGCUGGUGACAAGUUUGUACCUGUCACCUGUUCUGGUGAGGACUAUGCCAGUUUGGCUGAUGGACAGUGGGUCGGUGCCAGGGCAUUGAAGGACAACCAAAUUGGAUAUAUACCAACCUCUUAUAUUCAGUUAGAAAACACAUUAAAGAACAUAAAUUCUGAUGAAUCGAAAGCUCGAUCAUUGCCUGGCACCCCAGCAGAUGAAAUGCAGCAUAGCUUUCACUCUCAAGAAAAUAUCUUCAUGGAGCCACAUCCUGACUAUCUGAAUGAAGACAUAUACCCAGCUUCAGAUGAAGAAAAUGGUUUAGUACAACCUAAAAAAUUGGUUAACCCUUGUAUUCUGUCCAAAGAACGCCGCGAUUUGCACAAAGAACUUUUACUUAAUCACAGAUUAGGUAAAAAUGUCUUGAAGAAAUCCGAACUGCAAAAAGUAAUGCAGCAGAGGAAAGAAGUGCAACGAAGGAAAGAAUGGGACGAACAUAAAAUUGUUAACAAACGGAAUAGUCUAGAAUUGAUGUUAGAAGAAAGGAAAAAUAAAAUUACACAGGAAGAAGAAAAAGAUGAAAAAUUAAAACAUGUCAACGAAAAACUGGAAAAUCGUCCAGAAUAUUUGAAAGUUCAUGCCAAAAUUCACGCUAAAGUUGCUGCAAAUACAAAACUGGAAUGAUCAAUUGUUAUUGAUAUUAUUUUCAUUACUGAUAUGAUUAUUAUUAUCAUUAUUAACAUUAUUAUUGGAUGACCAUGAACACAAGCUUCUUUCUACUCCUAACUGCUGCCAAUUUCUUUGGACAAGUUGAAGAGUUCUCAGUGCCAGUUGAUCCCAAACAAGGAACCCUACCAGUCAUGUUACCAGUUGGUCCUGAACUGGAUUCUCUUCAUACUCGGCAGUCUACAUCACAGAUACUGAUGUUGGUGCUUUUGUUGUUCAUUUUGUGCACCAGUUGCUUCAAAUCUGCAAACAAUCCAGGCCUGUAUUUUGCAGCAACUUCCAAGCAUCACUGCCAUCAUUUUCCCUGGACUAAACAAGGACCUUUAUGGGAUCAGCUGGUUACCUCAGUUGCACUCCCAUCCCCCUUCCCACUGAAAAAUCUGAAAAUGUUCCAACAAUUUCAUGUGACUUAAUUUUCUUGUAAUUUUUCCCCCCUUUUUUUAUGUUUUACUUUAAAAUCCCAUCCCACCUCAUCUGUUGUUGAUGUUAUAUCUCCGUUUUCUUCCUUUAUUUAGUUUAGAAUAGAUAGUAGCAAUAUGACAGUAUAUCUAUUAUUAGACUACCUACUUGUUAGUGGACUAAAUUACUAAUAGUUACCUAUGCCGCCACCCCAAUAUCCAGUUUGGGAAUUUUUCAACAACAUGCCAAACUGUCUAUUUGUAUUAUUUAUUUUGAUUCUCUCCAUAUAAUUUAGGGUUUCUGUGUCUGUCAAUUCAUUGACUAUUUUUCUAGAUUCAUAUCUGUUCUAUUGAGAUUCAUUUCCUGUAAAUUGUUAAUCUGCAUGAUGUGUGUCUGGCUUCACUUAUAGUACUUACAGAUAUCUGCCUGUAGUCAACUAACUGUUUCACUUCAUUCACCAUGUCACUGUCUCCAUUCUUUCUCAUGUCCCUGUGAAGCUUGCAUGCCUUUGGUGCCUCAAAAGGAAAAUUUGUACACGUAUGAAAAAUACAUGAUUAACUGAAAAAGAAAGAAAAAUUUUUUUAAAGUUUGAGACAAUGAAUAAAACUUAAAAGCUAUAUAUUUUUUUCUGCAAACUUAGUAUGUAAAUAUACAUAUAUAUAGAUAUACUUUUAACCAGUGAAAUUCUUUACCAGGCCAGUAAUUUUUAACAAAAUUUGUAUGCAUAAAAACUGGUAGCAAACACAAGAAUAUACAUAUCUAUAUAUAUAUUAGAUAAAACUAGAACUUGCCUUCUGCUCUAUUCCAUUAUAUGGAAAUUGGUGUCUGCAUCUAAUUCACAACUAUGUAGUCAGACUUCGUCAAUCAAUGCAGAUAAACUAGAAGCUUCUCUUGUGUGUGUUAUAUCAACAAUCUCCUAUUGCCUUUUCCAGCUGCAGUGUGAUGCAAACCAAUGAUUGGUCUGUUUGUUUAGUACAAUCAUUCCUGACACCUCACCCUGCUUUUAUCAUUCAACUACAUAUAAUAUAUAAUGUGUUGUCUGUAUGAUAUAUAUAAUAUAUAUAUUCAUAUAUAUAAACAAACAAACACAUCUUUCACCUUUUCUAUAUAUUUUUCAUACAAUAGUAGAAAAAAAAUCUCAUGCUAAGUGAAGUGCGAGGCCCAGUUUUGAUUUCCUUUUGGUGCCAUGUUAACUCACUUUCUCCAUUAAUCCCCUGAUGAGAGACACCACAUCUCAACCCCACUUACCUCCUCUUUUAAAAUGUGGCACUUUGUGCACCUCACAGUAAGAAGUCAUAUUUCAUACUCUUACAAACUGGUAGUUGUUUUCUACUAGAAUUUUUUUUAAGUGAAAACCAGAAGUUGUUAAAUCAUUAUUUUUGGAAUCUGAAUAUUUAGCAAGUUUCUCUUUAUUACUAAAUUACUUUGUCUCAUUGCAAAGAGCAAAAGAGACAGUAGCUGGGAGAUGCAAGAUAGCAAUUUGAGAUGGAACAAAACAUCUUUAGAUGCCAUGUAAAUAACAAAUGGUCAAUAGCAAAUGGUUACUUUUUCUCUCCCCUUUGUACAUUCUCCCUGCAUAUAUUUUAUUAUGAAAGCAUUUAGAGAAAUAAAAUUUCAAAAGUGACA